UAAUGCUGCUCAUAACAAGGAACAGCCUGCUGUGCCAGCUACUCUCACUUCCUCACUCGAUUCAUGAGAUUGAGGAGACAAGAGGAAAUGUGAUAACGUCUCGUGUCACAUGGAAAGAGAUAUCAUUUCAACUCUUUUGAUCUGAGAGGAACAUUUUAUUUGAGCAAAGGAAGCCACAAUAUUCAGCGAAUACGACAGCUGUGAUUAAUCAGCUCUUCUUUGUGAGACACAGAAUUACCAAACCUACAUGAUCAUUCAGAAGAGUAUUUCUUCUUUGUUACUCUUGUUGAUGGACUAUUUGUUUGUUUUAUUGGAUUCUAAGGGUGACCUUCUGCAGUUUUAUUCACCAAGUGGACUUUCCAUUGAGAAAUUGAAAUUCCUUGUUGGUUGAGACGAAGAUUUAAAAAUGGGUCCUGGAGUGAAUAAGGAGAAAAUGAAGCCAAGAGGAGGAUCAAAAUGUUAUAUAUUAAGUGUUACUUUACUCUUGUGGAAUAUCAACAGAUUAGUUAUUCCAGUCGAAGGAUUUUCACUUAGGUCUUGCCGAAUCAGUUACAACAAUGCCAUAUGUACCAAGAGUAAACUCACAGCUGUUCCUCAAGAUAUUCCCCCAACCGUGCAAGGUUUAGACUUGUCUGCAAACCAACUUAUAAAAAUACAAUCAUCAGAUUUCAAACACUUAUCACUUUUGACACAGUUAGAUCUAAACCGAAACAGAAUUUCAAAAAUAGAUACAGGAGCCUUUGCCAAUCUGAUUUCCCUCAAGAAGUUAAAUCUAAACAAUAACAAACUUGAUAAACUUGUGGAUACUUUUGAUGGUUUGCGCAACCUCAUGGAGCUAAGAAUUAACAAUAAUCACAUCAACAGUGUGGGAUCUGCUACUUUCACGUCACUGAGAAGCUUGAGGUUUUUGGACAUCUCUUGCAAUAAACUGCGCAGCAUAACAAAAUUUAAUUAUACAUUACAGUACCUGCCAAAUCUACGAGUUCUGUCAAUCAAAAGAAACGACUUAACCGUUUUUAAUUCGUGGCAGCUGACAAACCGCUCACUACCGCUCACAUCCCUUGAUUUGUCUCAAAAUUCCAUUGCAGCCUUUAGGAUCACUGCAGAUGUAUUUCCAAAUCUCACCUGGUUUAACAUGGGCGCCUCUUUUAAAAAGCACAAGAUGAUAUGGGACGUGCGUAACGAGACUUUUCUUAGUCAAGUGUCUACUCUUGAUAUAAGUGGGCUUCACUUGCCUGAUGACAUUAAAGCAUUUCUAGGGAGCUUCAGUUCUCUGACUUCACUGAGGAUGAAUGGAAUGAAACGUAACAGACUACCAGCACUGAUCAACAUUUCCUGCACCAUCCCGUCAGUGACCACACUCCAACUCCGAAGUAACAAUCUCACUUUUGUCGAUUCAGAUAUGUUUCAGUUGUGCAUUAAUGUAACAGAAUUAGAUUUAACAAGUACUUACAUAACAAAUAUCCAAGAUGAGGCCUUCAGAUCUAUUCGAGGUUUAAGGAUCUUGAGUCUGAGUCGUAACAGAAUUGCAUCCGUUCCAGCUGCCACAAGGAAUAUACCAACUCUCUCAGAGCUGGAUCUCAGCACUAACCUCAUCGCCUCACUCGGAUGUCACGAUUUCGCCAAUCUGACAAAGCUCAGACAGCUCAACCUGUAUAAUAAUAAAAUCUCAGCUCUACAAGAGUGUCUUUUCAAGGAUUUAAUAGGAUUGCAAGUUUUAAAGCUACAGAACAACCAAAUCUCCAUACUAAACGGUGCUUUUAAAAAAUACUUGCCAAAUCUUCGAAGACUGCAUUUGAAUGAAAAUAAACUCACUGCCAUUGAAUAUGGAGACUUUCAGGGUCUGAAGUCACUCCAGAACUUGUCAUUGCAUCAAAAUCAAAUACAAUCCAUUAAAAAGGGGUCUUUUAUUGGAUUGACAAGUCUUACAGAUAUUCAGCUGCAAAAUAAUGAGAUUAAACAAGAGGAAAUAAAAACAUGCUUUAAUGUUCUGACAAAUUUAAGAAGAUUGGAAUUGAGGGACAAUCACAUUAAGUACAAAGACAGUUCAGCUUUGCCUAAUCCACCAUUUUCUCAGCUGUCCCUUCUGGAGACAUUAGCUAUUCCUGCACAACACUACAGGGGGAGGUCCCAGCUGCCUCGUAACUUCCUGCAAGGUUUGACAAAUCUAUUGGUUUUUAAUAUCAGGAACAUUCAACUUUUGUACCUGCACAAAGAUAUGUUUAAUUACACGCCUCGACUGCAGACACUUGACAUUAGCUCAAAUGAACUAAAGGAUCUCUCUCCGGAUUUGUUUUCCCCAAUUGGAAGCCUAAAAAGCCUCUACAUAUCUAGAACAAAUCUUCAGUCUCUAGAUUUCUUUAUAGAAGCCAACCUUACUAAUCUCGAGUUCCUUCAGGCAAGAAAGAAUAUGUAUUCAGUAAUCAGUGAGGAAGUAAUAAAGUCCCUACCAGCUCUUAUUUAUAUGGAUUUUCAAGGCAAUAGUUUCACUUGUGACUGUGAUAACGCCUGGUUCCUCCAGUGGACGCAAAACAAUACCAAUACGCAAGUUUUUGACGCCUACAACUUUGGGUGCAACUAUCCUCCAGACUAUAAAGAUACAAAACUGUUGGACCUCAAUAUCAACUCCUGCUCAGUUAGCAUAGACUUCAUCUACUUUGUCUCCAUCACAUCCAUAAUCCUCCUGUUCAUGGUGGCGUCCUUCACCUGCCAUUUCCUGAGGUGGCAACUGGUCUACGCCUACUACUACUUCUUGGCUUUGCUCUUUGACACAAAACAUAGAAACAAGCAAGCUCCUUAUCAGUAUGAUGCCUUUAUCUCCUACAACAACCAUGAUGAGCCAUGGGUAAUCAGAGAGCUGUUGCCAAAACUGGAAGGAGAGCAGGGCUGGAGAUUGUGUCUGCACCAUCGAGACUUUGAGCCAGGUAGACCGAUCAUAGACAACAUUACGAAUGGCAUCUAUGGAAGCAGGAAGACCAUCUGUGUGAUCAGUCGCAGAUACCUCGAGAGUGAGUGGUGCUCCAGAGAGAUCCAGGCAGCCAGCUUCCGUCUGUUUGAUGAGAAGAAGGACGUGCUGAUCCUGGUGUUUCUGGAGGAGAUUCCCACCUUUCAGCUGUCUCCUUUCUACCGCAUGAGGAAGAUGCUGAAGAGGCGGACCUACCUGAGCUGGCCGCGGGCCGGGGAGCACACCGAGCUGUUCUGGAAGAAACUCUGCCAGGCUCUGAAGAGCGGAGAAGAUCAUGGUGAGGACAGGUUCCGCCUCACUGUCGUGGACAGACCGUGACAGAAAGGAAAUACAAUCCUGUCUGUGUGAGGUUCACAGCCAAGAGCAGUUUACUGGUUAGGAAUUUGUUUUAUUACUAAAUUGCCAAAGGUACAUCUGAAGGAGGUUCCUGCUAUUAUAUGCAAACUGAAAUGGAAAAUCAGGAGCCACAACCGUCUAUGCCACCAAACUGGAAGCCCAAGUUAUGACUUAUUCAUUUUUCCAUUCCAAGACUGAGUAUGCGAGCUCCUGUGCCUUUAACGUCUCUGUUGAGCCAGUGAACAUAAUGGCAGAUAAAUAGGUGGCAGAGAAUUAAAUAUACACUGCAAUGUAUAUAAUAUCAUCACCUCAUCAAAAAUACUUUAGCUCAAUAAAUUAAAACAUAUAGAAAAUCUGAGCAGGUUCAGAGAAGAGCUUCUGAACUAAUUCCAGGUCUGAAAAAGAUUUCACAUGGAGAGGUUAAUAAUAUUACCGACUCAAGUAUACAGGAGAUAUAGAGGAGGCAUGACUGAGGUAUAUAUGCUUGUUCACAUAAUAUAUGAUAUCACAGCCAAGCUUCCACUUUUGGAGUUCCAACAUCUUCACACUCUUAAUAAAUUCUGGUCAACAAAGAUGUUUUGCAUAAUUAUAAUGCUUAUUUGUGAUCAUUUGUGACAUUACUGUGAUUUUAAGUAAGUUGUGUUAUUUUUAUGGUUUGUUUUGAGAUGUAGGGUCUGAUAUGCAGAAUGUAUAUCCUGUGCCAAAAAACAAAUAUCACAUCUCCACUCUACUUGCCUGUUGGGUUUGAUAAAAGUCACAGAUCCCUUUCAGAUAAUUUUUUUCAAACAGUCAGCUGUGCAGUGAUACAAUCUGUGAACCUGCCGCAGUUUCAUUUCACUCUAAUAGACAGGGUGCAGGAAGGUUUUCCAUUACAUAAUAUUAAAAUUAUUAGUUUCAUUACCUUUGAAGUCUGUGCAGCUUCAGGCACAAAAACAACUUCUUCAGGUUUCCAAACAUAAUAAAUGAGUAAGAACAAAGUAGUAGGUAACAAUAGAAUAAAGUCUCAGGUUUGAAUAUUUAAAAGGAGAAAAGUGUAUGUUAAGGGGUUUAAGGGCUAAUGUAUCAUUGAUUAAUUUGACAUGCAUUUCUGAAUCUGCUGUUUAAAUUAUUAUUAUUAUUAUUUUAUUUUUAUUGCAACUUUAUUGUUCAUUAUUAGCCAGACAACAAUCUCUCUUUCAAAUCUGUCCUCUUGUCUUAGUAUUGUUACUAUUUUACUGCGUCUGCAUAUUUCAAAGUGCUCAUGUUGAUUUCUUGCAGUCUAAUUGACUUUUACUGACUGAUUUAUCAGUUUACAGUAGUAAUUUGCCCAUGUAUAUUUUAAAAAUUUUAAGACAAAAACGUUCUCCUUCUUUUCAUAUGAUUUGUUCUAUAUAAAUAAAAUGAAAUGCUCAAGUCUCAA